AUGGUCCGGCAAGCAUCAAGGAGAGUGGUCAAAGGCAUUGAGGGGAGUGGUGUCUUCUGCGUUUUCUUUUGCGUGGGUGGCGGGGUGCUGCUGGCCGUGCAGAACACAACCACCGAGGGGAGCAUCGAGCAGUACGAGGACAUGCAGAAGCGGUCAAGGAAGAAGAAGCGGCGAUCCCAGCAGGGGAUGUUGUUGUCGUUGCUGAAAACGUUUCCGGUGCCCACGUCCCCGGCGAAUUCGUUGCAUUCCACGGAUGAAAUGUUGCGGGGGCGGGGUUCCGCGAAGGAGGUGUCUGUGGGUGGCGGAUUCCGCUGCCGUUUGCUUGACGAGCCCUUCAAUGGCGUGCAAUGGGUGCCCGUGAUGCGUCGGGAGAUGGAUUUUAACGGAAAUCCACACCUCAGCGUGAGUCACACGGACGAUCAGCGUAUCCGCCUGUCAAACCCCGUGCAGUCAUUUGGGCGUGCGGGACUUCUGAACCGUGCGCCCUCACCGGUGCACCUCGCCAUCUCGUUCAGGUCACCGACACUCCUGAACAUCUUUGACAUCCACUCAGGAACACCACCGAUGGACGCAACGACGAUACGAGCACACACGGUGACGGCAGGUGCACAGCUGAGUGGCGGGGUGGAGCGUAAUAUAAGGUGUGGUAGCAAGAUUGUGUGUGGCUAUACAGACGAUGCCAAAGUGGUGUGCGCUGUGCGUGUUCUUCUAGUGGACAGUGUGAUGCUGAAAAAAUUGAAAGAACUCGUUGCACCGUCGUCUUUUCGCUCUUCACCACGCAUGUCAGAGCAUGGCUUUGAGGGCACGCGGAAUAGUGUCGCGAGCAAAACGACCGGUAUGCUUUCGGUUGAAUUAUCCGUAUCGAAUCCAUCUUUAUUUCAAGCAGUGGAGGAGGAUAGCAAAAAUGAUGGAAAUGGUGGGGGAAACAGUAACGAGUCGCCUUUAAACUACUUUUUUCUGCGAUUACAGCAAGGGCUUGAGGAGGCUUUUUUGCGCCCUUUAGAGAGGGGUAUUGUGGAUGUGCCGAGUGAAGACGCUGCGGAUGAUAAAAGCAUGUGGAUCUGUUCUCCCAGCUUUGCCAGGUCUCGGCAUCUGUCCAAGAACACUGAAGAUACUGUGAGUGCAGAGGACAGUGCUCCUGACUCACUGGGUAAAACGGAGGGGGAGGACGAGGCGUGCGUCACUUUAUCCCCACCGACGCACUCUGUUGUUGUGUCAGGUUCGGCUGGUGUUGGUAGCGUCACGGGCUCUUCUUUGAAGACGAUUGCUUUGGAGGAUGUUGCCGGACAACACACGACGUCUGAUGGCAUUCACCCAAACGACACGGUCAAUUUUGUCGAUAUGAAAAGGAUAGAUGGCGGAAACGCGGUGGAGUGGCACUUUCCUAUCGUUGGGGUCAAAGUUGUUUCCUUGAACCCGGAGGGCCUGGCAUUGCGUGAGGAGGGGCGAUCCACUUCCUUUACGUUUCCAAAGCGACGACGCACAAAUACGGCGGCCACUUCGGUUGUCGCAGCCAAUUCAAAUUUAUCCCAACGGCGUCGGAAGCCUGGACUUUGUUUGGGGGAAAGUCCCACUCGGAGAACGCAGCGGGUGUCAAGGCAUUCCUCCAAACUUAGUAGAGUUCCUUCAGGUUUAGAGAGUCUUUCUCGAUCCUCUUGCACUGGAAAAGUCAUAGCCACCUCGCUGAGUGAAUUAACACGUGUGAAGAAGGGGAAACACGCUCGGGUCGACCGUACCAAGGCUGGGACGUUACCUUCAGAUGCCCCUCAAGUGGAUAUGAAAACUUCUAAAGAACAUGGCCGUACUGCUGGUCUUAUGGAGCAAUUCGAGGCGAAAUCACCGUUGUUUGCCAUCGCCUUAUCAAUGCCAAUUGUGCGCCAAGGCAACAUACAUGAAGUCCUUCAGGAAUGGAUCCGUACUCAGAGUCCCUCGCAACUUCUUCGUGAGACAGCCAUUCGAAACAUUAUACAUGCCGUUCUUCAGCACCUUGUGGUGCUACACCGGAGAGGAAGGGCCCAUGGGAGUAUAAAGGCAACGAAUGUUUUUGUUACCUCUCAUGUCAUGGAAGCAUUGAACGCAAUGAAGUCAUACUCUCCAAAUGCUACCGAUCCCUUACCGGUCUCCACUGGGAUGGGUAAUGCCAGUAGAUUGUGGAGCGGAGUGACGCUGGACACGAGUGAAGUGGGCGGGGGCAACGUUGAUGCCGUCAGUCGUGGAAGCAGCAAUAGCUCUAGUGGAGGAAGCAUCGGUGGUGGUGAGGGGGGUGGAAUCUGUGUAGGCGGCGGAGGCUGCAGCAGGUCUACAGAAGUUUUUGAUCCACUUGAGUGGACGAAGCACGUCGUUCUUGCGGACGGAUAUUAUGCACAGGUUGAGAAGAUAAUGAAGACAUCUCUCAGAGAAAGUUUCAACACGACGGCGCUCAAUUCAGUUGUACGUUCUAACUCUGCACCACUCCAGUUGACCAAAUUGUUGGACUCGACUCUCUUUCUUGAGAAUAUGUCUCCAGAGUACGCUGGGGAGGAAAUGGAUGCCCUACAACUCUUUGUUCUACAAGAAGAGGAAUAUAUUCCACCACCAGAGUGCAUUACAACUGAGGAGGGAUUGACCGGUGUGCCCUCCUCGGAGGCAAAAAAUACUUCCUUACAACCUGAAUCCAAGAAUGCGUCUGGCAUGGGCUCUGCCUUUCCUUUUCGAAAAACAAAUAAUACGCGCAAUCCACUUUGUCCCUUUUCGUUUUCACACGACAUCUGGAUGCUUGCUAUGCUUGCUAUUCACUUGGCGGAUGGUGGUUGUCCGUGGUGGAUGAAGCGACAUCAUCGCCCAUUGCCCCGUUUACGUUGUGGCCAGUGGUCCGUGCGGUUUGCUGCCUUCGUACAGCGAUGUGCCUGUGCGGAUCCCGCGCGACGCCCUAGCGCGGAGGAGUUGUUGAAUGACAAGUGGUUUCACACGGCGUUGUCGGAGGAAAAAAACGAGGUGAUGCCGUCAUUGCCACCUCCGGCUCCUUCCCAGCAGGUGCUUCUUGGAGGCAGUAACACCUUUGCUCUUUUGAGUCGUUCCUGUCGGCGUGCUUUUUACGACAUUAUGCUAGAAUAUAAUGAGUAUGCAGAGGAAUGGUGCACACGAUUCUCUCAAGCGGCCACCGUUGCUGCGAAGAGGGAGAAGAAGGACACUUUUCCCCUUUCCACCUCAAACCAGAGCGGCUCUUUUGCUGCCAAUACAGGUGUUGAUGAGGCACCUGAGUUGAGCAUGACUAAUCGUAUGGAACAGGGUUGCUCCGGGCUUUUUUUCCCCCCAAAUGGUAACAGCAACAAAAACAGCAGCUGCAAUAUUAGUCGUAGUAGUCAUAGCAGCAAUAGUACUAGGACGGACAGCCUUGCUUCCAGGAGUGGCAAUAGCGAUAACAUGAGCGGGACUUCACCACGAGGAAGAUUGCAGAGCCCAAGUGGUUUUGCUGGCGGCACGGACAAUCCUGCAGUCGAUGGCCACUUGAUGCCCUCGCACCAAACAGCACCUUUUUUUCUUGGUGCUGUUGGGGUGGCGUUGGAGAUGUGUGGGGAUGAGGCCUCACCGGAUGCGGGGGACGCAGAGACCGAGACGUGUCGGGUAUCAUCCUCGCGCCAAGGCGGAGGGGGAGGAGGCGCAGGGAAAAGUGUCGGCGGGAGCAACUCCAGUCCACCACGACAGGGAUAUCCUCCCCACACCAGUUCCUUUCUGAACGCCACGCUCGAUUCUUGUGAAGAGCAUCAGAGGCUAAUUGGCGAAUUUCUGCAGGCUUUUUGGAAUCUGCAUCGGGAAUGUCGAUUGGCGGCCGACCUGUGGUGUGUGAGCCUGCUGAAACACAUGCGACUGGAUGGUAGGACCGCGGAGUUGGUGUUUCCUCUAAUAACGGAGGAGACGAUGCCGUUUUUUGCCGUCUCCGAUGGGGAGAUAUACUCCAUGGCUCAUGGUAGGAGCAACACCGCACAUAUAAAGGGCCCAACGGCUGCUGCCACCUCCCCACAAGAGGUAGUUGCGCUGUCUGCUGCUGGAAAAGCACCACCAUCACCAUCACAACAGCAACGGCGCACAACAGCGUCAAUAUCCCCGGUUGCAGCUGUGGCCACUGUGAGUCCCACUGCCUUCCACAAUUACAUGUUUUGUAAAUGGUGCGUGACGACGUCUUGGGCGCUGCAGCAGGAUGGGAGGGGUGGUGGGGAUGAAGGCAAGCGAUAA